CACUGUGACUGUAGUAGUAAUAAUAGUCAAAUAGUCCAGCUGUGGGAGUGGGAGGUGUUUGAUGUUUGGUAAAUAUUUCGGUUUGUUUUGUGAUCUUUUGGUAGGUGGACUUAUAAAAUGAGAAGUAACAAAAUUUUCCAAUAAACAGAUCUGUGCUGUUAGUUAGGAACGAUGGAUGAAAAUAUCGCAAUGUUUACAUUGUCAUAUAUUUUGAUGUGUUCUUGUUUGGUUUUUCGGACAGUUUUUACAAGUUUUCUAAGUGUUGAAAACUUAUGUAGUGCAAUCCUUGGAGAUGAAAUGGACAAUUUCGUAAUGUAUCACAUUAAGCGGACAUGUUGUACAUUGUUUAUACAUUCAUCACUACUUUUAGUUUACAGACUUGGAGUAUCAUGGAUAGCCAACUACCCUCUUGUGGAUGAUGGUUUGACUAUUUUCAAUAUCAUAGGCAUAUUGGGCAUUGUUAUGCAAACAUCAGCAUGUAUUAUAAUUUACUACUGGUGGAGCCACAAUUGGAAGACUCAUCCAAUUUCACAAAAUUUGAUGGCGCUUGGUGAAAAUGAGAGCCAUUAUUUGAAUUUGGGUUGGCACCUCAAUAUUGACAUACGCAGCCCACGGAAGGAGGUAUUCAGAUGCAGCUCUCUAGUGGAUGUAGUGGUGACGGAAAAGUGGAUCGUGAAAGUGAGUCCUUACAGUUUGGACUUGGCACAACAGCAAGAUGCUAUACUGACUGUCGUCACAACAGACACUCAUGCAAUGGCAGCCACAGGCACGGGCAUUGCUCAGUUCCUCAAUAUCAAAGUUAACUGUACUCCUCACAGAGAAAAUUACACCUUCUAUAUAAGGAUAAAUGUUUUAGACUUCAAAGACUUACAAGAAAUACUACGCAAGCGUGUGAUAAUCCCUCGAAAUGUAACUUUCUACCGAAGCAUUGCAGACCAGUUUUUGGACGUAUUCAAAGAGCAUGUUAACCAGAAUCCAUAUUAUCUUCCUGUCGAGGAAAUUGAACCAUGUGUUGGGUGUUAUACAAAUCCAGCUAAUGUAAAACUAGUGAAAAACUGCUUCGAUGAUGUAAAUGACCCUUGUGGAAACUGCAACUGCAAACCAAUGUGGUGUGUGAGCUGUAUGGGGCAAUGGUUUUACUCCAGACAAGACGAAGGACAUCCAGAAAGUUGGCUAUCUUCUAAAUGUACCUGCCCGUUAUGCCGCAGCGUCUUCUGUAUCUUGGACAUCAGUCUCUUAGAUGAUGUACCAAAUGGCAAUCAAGGCUUCCACUUUGUAAAUCGUUUGGAUUAGCAAAAAACUAUAUUUUUCUUUAGUAUUUGAAAAAGGAAACUUUGAGAAUAUGUAUUUGUCAAUGGGACCUGCUUUUUUUAAUGCUCCCCAAAGAAAGAACAUUUUGCUACUCAAAAUGUUUAAAUGGCAAUCUCCCUUUGUGAUCCAUUAUGGAAAAUGGAGUAAUAAACCAAACAUUAUGAUGGAAGCAAGAUGUCUUUACCUUUACUCUUUUCCUCUAAAUUUACCAUAAAAAUUAGGUUACAUUUACAAAAAUGUUUAAUUCUUGAACAUUCUGAUAAAGGAAAAAUAUAAGUUAAUGGUUCUCAGUAAUGUAAACUCUCUUUAGCAAAAUGCAGGAUCACUCUUCAUUAAAAAUUGUAAUCUCUUACCAAAGACAUGAUUUUCAAACACAUUUUUCACUGAUAAUUUACCUCGGUACAAAUGUUUAAAUGUCACUUGUGAAUUUUUAUAGCCUUUUAGAUUAAAAUGAUGACUUUCAAUAUUUAGUAAAAAUAUCAAUCUUCUGGUAUGUACCAAAAUACUCUGAAUUUUAUUAUCUUUUUGAUAAUGUAACACUAAAAGAUGGUAUCCUUAUGAGAAAUUCAAUUCAUAGGAGCAUCUGUCCUUUGGGGGGGGGGGGUCCUUCCUUAAGUUUUUACAUACAUAAAAUAUCUCAAGGUUUCUUUUUCCAUGUUCCACUGUUGUUUAUUCAAUUAGCGAUAAGGUAAGCAAACUUGAGCUCACUUUGUGUACUGAGUCACAAAACUAUGAGUGAGAAAAUCCUCUUAUUUUGCUUUAAGUUUCGUUCUUAAUUCGUAUUAUGGUUUUUUUUUUUCAUUUUAAGUAUCCCAAUAUAUAGACAAAAAAGUCUGUAAUCUUUUUAAUAGAAAGGAGAGCUAUGUUUAUUUUCACAGUUGUUAGUUAUGAGUUAAAUAUUCAUUUAAAAUUUACUUGUUUAUAAGUUGAUUGAAUGUCACAUUUGUCCUAGAAAAUAAUCUAAAUUUGUGUAAAUCAAGGCUAGUGAUAAUAUUUAUUGCAAACAUUAAUUUUUUGUGAAGGACUGGAGGUUUUGCCUCAAAGAUAGUAUAAUAGAUGAAACAGAGAUGGUUCAGAAUGUUUAUUAACAAACUUAAUUUUAUGUUGGGUAACAAAAUAACUUUUUAAUGUUAUGAAAUGUUUACAAUCUUUGAGUGUAACGGUGAAAGAAAUCCACAUAAUUUUAGCGAUUGUUGAACAAACUAUGUUUUUAACAAAAUAACUAUAUUAAUUUUAAAAUCUUUUUAAAAUGGCUCUUAACAGUUUGUUCUUAUUUAUGAAAUAGUCAGUUCCCAUUAUUGUAAGCAAUCUUUUAAAUACAUUCAUUAGUUUAAAUGAUUUGUAUUUGCCAUUUUUAUAAAAAGAAGUGUUUGUUGAUACCAAUGAAGUUAAUGUUCAAGCCAAUAAAUGUUUGUUAUAGCUUUAAAAUAAAUCUAAUUUUGUUAUGAAA